CCAGGCCUCUGCGGCAAAGCCGGCUGUAAAUGUGUCCAUCUUUGCCAGCUUGGUGAAGUCCUUUAGUGAUGCCUGCUGCUUUAAGGGGAGAGGGAGGAGGAAGAGGAGGACAGCUGAUUAUUAUUUCAGCUGGCUGUCAGUGACAGCAGAAAGGCACACAGCAGAGCCACAAACAGGCUGGCAUUGUGAUGAUGUGCAGCCACUGGAGAUGGCAGGGAAUGAAGCGAGAAAGACCUGCUAAUUCGCCCCCAAGGUGCAUGUGUGAAUUUUACAAAAAGGACCCCCUCUUCUAUUCACCUUAUUUCCAGGUCCUCUUCUCUCCUCUGUUUUCCCCUUCCUUCCAAAGGCCUUUCUCUCUUUCUUCUCCCCUACUUAUUUACACAGCUAGUGUUGCCCCUUGUGUACUACAGCUGCAUGCAACUUUUACGUACAUGUAGGCAGCAGGCAGAAGUCAACAGGUGAAACUCAUCAAAUUGGGGGUCUCCCAGAAUGACAAUAUGUAGCUUGGUCUGAUGCAUGUUUCCUGAAAAGUUCAUUUUAGUGGGACUUGCGGUCAAGAAAGCGCACGUAAGGUUACUGGGACUAAAUGUGUUGGCUGUUUUUCUUUAAAGUUAUAUUUUUCCUUACUUCGUAGUGGGAAAGUAUAAUGAACCAUGUUUGGGGCUUGUGUUCAGAGGGCUGCGGAGAAGAGACAGUUGCAUGGAUUAUUGUAAGGUUAAAGAAAGUGGAAGAGAGGGGUUGAAGAAAGCAUGGAAUGGGAGGUGGGAAUUUGCUAAAAUGAAAUUUGGGAAUAAUCCAGACUGGGGUGAUGUUGUUCCGUGCACAGCCAUUUGCACCUCGGGCAGUGCAACCGAAUUAGCCAUCCUCACAAGGUGCACUUCUAAGCCCACCCAGUCUAAAAUCCAAUCAUACUAGCCAAGGUGUGACUAUGCCAAGGAAAGAUAACCAAAGAUAAUCCUAUUAAGGCGGGGACCCACCCCACCUUGCCAUGGACCAAAAGGACUGGCCAGGAGCAACACGUCACUGAUCCAAUCAACUUUGGAAUUCGCUUUGAAGCUUUUGUCCCCCAGAGUAUAAAAACCAGGCUCCUGAUCCCACUCUUGGCUCCUUUGCUGCUGGGCUCCGCUGGCUGCCUGAAGUCCUUCUUGCUGAAUCGCUUUUCCCUGGAUGAAACCCCGGUGUCUAGUGCUGCAUUCUCACCCUUGCUUUGCCUCCACUGCCUCCAGUCUCCUGCUUCCCUGGGUCUCCACUUGGUGAAGCAGAAGUCCUUGCUGCAGCCCUUGCUGUUUCCAGCCUGACUUAGGACUUUCGACAAGCUCCAGGACUCCUUCUUUGCGAUUGUCCACAGGGACUGAAAAGUUGAAAGGCAGGUUCCUUCCACCCCCAUGCCGUUCAGGAGAUGGCCGUGCCAGGCGGGGAGCAGCUGGAGCAGGCUGAAGCAAAUAGAGGCCAAGCAGAAGGCCGGCAGAGGCGUUGUAGCUUCCGCGAUGCACCUGGACUCGGCGCUAGGCGCUGGGAACCGCCUGGUCCUCAAGAGGAUCCUGCAUGUGGACCGGACCUUGUUCUUCUUAAGAUCAGUAUCUCCUGUCAGGGACUUUGUCUGUCAUGUGGGAGGACCCCAAGGGUUCCCAUCUCAGCCAACCUCCCCCAGACCAAGCCAACCAGCACUGAAGAAUGUGCCCACCUCUGAAGCCAUCCAGAAACACCGCAAAAACCUCUCUGACUGGUUCCGCCAGCAGCCAAAUGAGGAGCGUCAGUUUGGCCCAUCGUUCUCACUAGACACCACCCACGUGGACCCCGUGAUCCGGGAGAGCUCCCUGGAGGAGAUCCUGAAGCCUUCUCCUGAGAUGACCAUCCAGAACCAGCUGCAGGCCUCCCGUAGCCACACCAUUGGCCUCCAGAACCUCUUUGACGUGGACGCCUGCGGGAAUCAGGUGAAGAACGUGGUCCUCUAUGGCACGGUGGGCACCGGGAAGAGCACCCUUAUCAAGAAGAUGGUGAUGGACUGGUGUCAUGGCCGCCUCCCGCGCUUUGAGCUGCUUAUCCCAUUCUCCUGUGAGGACCUUUCCCAAGGCAGCGCACCCAUCUCCUUGCGGCGCAUGAUCACCAAGAAAUACCUUCAUCUCCGGGAGCUGGUGCCCACGUUGGGCUCCAGCCACCUCAAAGUGCUCUUCAUCCUCAAUGGCCUGGACCGCCUCAAUCUAGACUUCCGCCUGGCGCACACAGAACUCUGUUGCGACCCCAACGAGCCGAUUCCUCCAUCUGCCGUUGUGGUCAACCUGCUGAGGAAAUACAUGAUGCCAGAGGCGAGCAUCAUCGUCACCACACGGCCCUCGGCGGUGCGCCGCAUCCCCAGCAAGUUCGUGGGCCGCUACGUCGAGGUCUGUGGCUUCUCCGACAUCAACCUCCAGAAGCUCUACUUCCACUUGCGCCUGCGUAGGCCUGAGUGCCUCGGGGCCUCUGGCCCUCCAACGGCGGAGGAAGCAAACGAGCAGGACAACUUGGUGGAGAUGCUGUCCAGGAACUUGGAGCGGCACAACCAGAUUGCGGCCGCCUGCUUCCUGCCAUCCUACUGCUGGUUAGUGUGCACCACAUUGCACUUCCUUUACUUCACCAAGUCGGUGCCCCCCACUCAAACCCUCACCGGGAUCUACACCAGCUUCCUGCGGCUCAACUUCAGCGGGGAGGUGCUGGACAGCACGGACCCGUCUGACAUCUCCAUGAUGAAAUACGUGUCCAAAACUGUGGGCAAGCUGGCCUACAAGGGGGUGAUGUCCCGGCAGACCUCCUUCUCGGAAGAGGACCUGCGCCGCUGCUUUGAGGUGGAGAUGAAGACGGAAAGUGAGCUCAACCUCCUGAAUGUUUUCCGCAGAGACGUCUUCAGCUUCUUCCUGACGCCCAGCGUGCAGUCGGGCAAGGAGCACACCUUUGUCUUCACCAUCCCUGCCAUGCAGGAGUACCUGGCGGCCCUCUACGUGGUCCUGGGCGAGAAGAAGACCCUGGGGCAACGGGUGGGCAAGGAGGUCUCCGAGAUCAUUGGCAAGGUGAGUGAAGAUGUGACUGUGGUCCUCAGCAUCGUCUCCAAAGUCUUGCCUCUGCGCGUUCUGCCGGUGCUCUUCAGCCUAAUCAAGGUCUUACCCCGCUACUUCGGCCGGUUCACCAGCAAAGACCGCGACACCAUCGCCCACACCAUGGCGGUGGAGAUGUUCAAGGAGGAGGACUACUUCAAUGACGACGUGUUGGACCAGAUCAACUUCAGCAUCCUUGGGGUGGAAGGUCCCAUGCGCCAUCCGGACGAGGCUUCGGACGACGAGGUCUUCGAGCUCUUCCCCAUCUUCAUGGGAGGGCUGCUGUCACGGCGCAACCGGGCCAUCCUGGACCAGCUGGGCUGCUCCAUCAAGAACCUGGCAGCCUUUGAGAUCGCCAAGGCCAUGAAGAAGACGGUCAUCCGCAACAGCCGCAAGGGCUUGCCGCCGUCCGAGCUCAUGGACUACCUCUUCUUCCUGCACGAGUUCCAGAAUGAACGCUUCACGGCCGAGGCUGUCCAGUCCUUGAGGACCAUCAACCUCUCCUCUGUCAAGAUGACCCCUCUCAAGUGCUCCGUUGUGGCAUCUGUCGUGGGCACCACCAGUCAUGAAGUGGAGGAGCUGAACUUGGCCUCUUGCCACCUCGACAUCAACAGCCUGAAGAUUCUCUUCCCCGUCUUGCUGCGGUGCAAAAAACUCCACUUGCAGCUCAACAGCCUGGGGCCAGAAGCAUGCAAGGAGAUCAGGGACCUGCUGUUGCACGAGAAAUGUGGUGUGAGUACCCUAAGGCUGGCGGACAACCCCCUGACAGAGCAGGGUGCCCAGUACCUCGCUGAAGGCCUUGCUGGCAACACCUCUUUGACCCACCUGUCGCUGCUGCACACCUCGUUGGGGAACCGGGGCGUGGAGGUGAUCACCCAGCACUUGGCGCAAAACCAGCACCUGCAGGAACUCGACGUGGCCUACAAUUCGGUGUCCGACGCAACUGCCCUCGCCCUGGUGGAGGAGGCCAAGAGGCACGCCACUCUGGAAACUGUCCACUUGUACUUCAACGACAUCAGCGAGGAAGGCAAGCAAGCCCUCCAUGCUCUGCGCAAGGAACGCGACGGCAUCAAGGUGCUCAUCUUCCUGACGAUGGGGGCCGACAUCUCCGACUACUGGGCCGUCAUCCUGAACGUAGUACAGAAGAACUUGCCCGUCUGGGACCGCGACCGGGUGCGGCAGCACCUCAGCCUGCUCCUGGAGGACUUGCGGUGCAGCCGCCGGGAGACUGCCAAUCCUUGGAAGAAGGCCAAGUUCAUCCGCGUGGAGAACGAAGUCAAGCGGAUGCUGGGAGACCUUCAGCAGGGCACUUCCUAGUGCUCCACUCCUGCUGGAGGCUCCU